AUGGGGUACUCAAUACUUCAAGCUAUAAUGGAAAAAGCAGGACAGAAUGGAUGGCAUGUCAGUGCAAUAUGUGUGGAAAAUUUUAACGAUGUCAGCUACAGGCAACUGCUAGAAGAGCUUGACAGAAGACAAGAGAAGAAAUUUGUAAUAGAUUGUGAGAUAGAAAGGCUUCAAAACAUUUUAGAACAAGUAAGUUCUGGGCUUCAUCUUAUUGCUAAGAUUGUGAGUGUUGGGAAGCAUGUCAAAGGCUACCAUUAUAUCAUCGCAAAUUUGGGUUUCAAGGAUAUUUCUCUUGAGAGAUUUAUACAUGGAGGAGCAAAUGUCACUGGAUUCCAGUUGGUAGAUUUUAAUACCCCCAUGGUAACCAAACUAAUGGAUCGCUGGAAGAAACUAGAUCAAAGAGAAUAUCCAGGAUCUGAAACACCUCCAAAGUACACCUCUGCUCUCACUUACGAUGGUGUCCUGGUGAUGGCUGAAACUUUCCGAAGUCUCAGAAGACAGAAAAUUGAUAUAUCAAGGAGAGGAAAUGCUGGGGAUUGUUUGGCAAACCCUGCUGCUCCCUGGGGCCAGGGAAUUGACAUGGAGAGAACACUGAAGCAGGUUCGAAUUCAAGGACUAACUGGGAAUGUUCAAUUUGACCACUAUGGACGUAGAGUUAAUUACACAAUGGAUGUGUUUGAAUUAAAAAGCACAGGACCUCGAAAGGUUGGCUACUGGAACGAUAUGGAUAAAUUAGUCUUGAUUCAAGAUGUGCCUACCCUUGGCAAUGACACAGCAGCUAUCGAGAACAGAACAGUGGUUGUGACCACAAUUAUGGAAUCCCCCUAUGUUAUGUACAAGAAAAAUCAUGAAAUGUUUGAAGGAAAUGACAAGUACGAAGGCUACUGUGUAGACUUGGCAUCUGAAAUUGCAAAACAUAUCGGUAUCAAAUAUAAAAUUGCCAUUGUCCCUGAUGGAAAAUAUGGAGCAAGGGAUGCAGAUACUAAAAUCUGGAAUGGGAUGGUAGGAGAGCUUGUAUAUGGGAAAGCAGAGAUUGCUAUUGCACCUCUGACAAUCACGUUGGUUCGAGAGGAGGUCAUCGACUUUUCUAAGCCUUUUAUGAGUUUAGGAAUCUCUAUUAUGAUAAAAAAGCCUCAAAAAUCUAAACCAGGAGUGUUUUCCUUCUUGGACCCUCUGGCCUAUGAGAUCUGGAUGUGCAUAGUGUUUGCAUACAUCGGUGUCAGUGUGGUCUUGUUCUUAGUCAGUAGGUUUAGUCCAUAUGAGUGGCACACAGAAGAGCCUGAGGAUGGGAAGGAAGGACCUAGUGACCAGCCUCCCAAUGAAUUUGGCAUCUUUAACAGCCUCUGGUUUUCCCUGGGUGCCUUUAUGCAACAAGGAUGUGACAUUUCACCCAGAUCCCUGUCAGGUCGGAUUGUUGGCGGCGUCUGGUGGUUCUUCACACUCAUCAUUAUCUCAUCCUACACUGCUAAUCUGGCUGCAUUCCUGACAGUAGAGAGAAUGGUUUCCCCCAUAGAGAGUGCAGAAGACCUGGCCAAACAAACAGAGAUUGCCUAUGGAACACUUGACUCGGGGUCAACAAAGGAAUUCUUCAGAAGAUCAAAAAUAGCAGUAUAUGAAAAGAUGUGGACCUACAUGCGAUCCGCCGAGCCGUCUGUGUUCACUAGAACUACAGCUGAGGGCGUGGCUCGUGUCCGCAAGUCCAAGGGCAAAUUUGCCUUCCUCCUGGAGUCCACGAUGAAUGAAUACAUUGAGCAGCGAAAGCCCUGUGACACGAUGAAAGUGGGAGGAAACCUGGAUUCCAAAGGCUAUGGUGUAGCAACGCCCAAGGGUUCCUCAUUAAGAAAUGCUGUUAACCUCGCAGUUUUAAAACUGAAUGAACAAGGCCUCUUGGACAAAUUGAAAAACAAAUGGUGGUACGACAAAGGAGAAUGUGGCAGCGGGGGAGGUGACUCCAAGGUUAGCCUCAAUGUCACCAAGAGCGGGUAA